AUGGGUGGUGAUGAAGGUACUGCUGUUCAAAACAAAAUGCAACAAGAUUUAAAAUUACUGGAUACGAGCAAGCUAACAGCUUUGUCACCUGAAGUUAUCAGUCGCCAGGCAACAAUUAAUAUUGGUACGAUUGGACAUGUAGCUCACGGAAAAUCAACAAUUGUUAAAGCGAUAUCAGGUGUCCAAACUGUACGUUUCAAGAACGAGCUCGAACGUAACAUCACUAUUAAGCUUGAAGCACGUGCAGCUGAGACGACAACCGGUGAAUUGGCAGAUGUACCUGGGCAAGACGAUACAAGUGACAUGCCGCCAAUAUCUUCCAAACGUAGGAGAUCAACAUCACGUACAAGAUCAAGCAUAACACCACCACCACCGGCGCCAAAACGUUCACAUCUUGACAUAAUUGUUUCGCCUACUAUUCAAACAAACCAAACAAAUAAUCAACUAAUGAUAGCUAAUCCGUUAACACCAGAACCAACUCCAUCUCCAUCACCAACAAUUUCGGAAACUAUUGACCCGGUUGCUCAAAAUAUUCAACUUAAACAAUGCCAUAAUUACAUGAAGCAAUUAAUUAAGCGUCAUCGCUCGGUUAACAAUAUUAAUUUCAAUAACGACGAAUUAAUUAAUAAUUGUAAAAUAUAUUUUCGAAUUAAAGAUGAUAAUAAUGAGACUAAGACUGACGAUGCAAACAGUCUCGAUGAUGCAAGUAAUGUUCAAGAAGCAUCCAAAAAUAAAGCGAACAAUGUGAUUAAUUGUAAAGGAAUUCCGGAUAUUAAGACAAUAACUGAAAAAAUAAAAGCAGCAAUACUAAGCUUGAUGUACAGCACAGCACGACGUGAACAGUUAGAUUCACUAAAUGAUUGGAAACGUGAAAUAAAUAGUAUAACAAAUGGUAAGCCAAUAAUUGGAAUUGAAAACAAUGUUGAUUUAGAGCUAGCGCCAACGGAUUUUUUUUACAUCGAAGAUUACUUACCUGGAGCAGGUGUUAUUAUACCGGAUGAACCACCAAUUGGAUGUGAAUGUACAUCAUGCAAUGCCAAUAGUGACUGUUGCUUUCAACAAAAUGACAGUUUGUUUCCUUACACAAAUGCUUGUCGUGUUCGUGUACCAGCUGGCACGCCAAUUUACGAAUGUAACAAACGUUGUCGUUGCAACGACCAAUGUCCAAACCGUGUUGUUCAACGUGGUUCACAUUUAAACCUCUGUAUUUUUCGCACAAAUGGACGAGGCUGGGGAGUUAAAACUACAAAGCAUAUUAAAAAAGGGACAUUUAUCACUCAAUAUGUCGGAGAAGUUAUAACAAAUGAAGAAGCCGAAAAACGUGGAAAAGAAUAUGACGCUGCCGGGCGCACUUAUUUGUUUGAUCUGGAUUACAACGAGUCUGAGCACUGCCCUUACACAGUUGAUGCUGCUGUUUACGGAAAUAUUUCCCACUUUAUUAACCACUCGUGUGAUCCAAAUGCCGCUGUCUACGGAGUAUGGAUCGAUUGUCUUGAUCCUAAUUUACCUAAAUUAGCAUUAUUUGCUACGCGUGAUAUUUUUAAAGAUGAAGAAAUUACAUUCGAUUACAUGCGCGAAGCAAGUGGCAAAGAAACUGAUAGUUCUAAAGACGUUAAUAAUUCUGGAAUUGGAGGAACAAGUGGUAAUAGUGGAGGUGAUUCUUUAUUGCGACAACGCUUGGAAUUACCCUCCUCGUACAAUAACGAAGAUGAUGAUAAAAUAAAAAACCGUACUAGAUGGUACGCAAAUGCAAAAAUUUACCAUUGUGAUAAUCCAAAAUGUCCCCGGCCAACUUGCUACAUUUCUGGUGGAUCCAGCAAGGAUGACUCAUUUCCUUGUAUUCGGCCUGCUUGCUCAGGACGAUUCCAAUUAGUAAGACAUGUUUCGUUUGUCGAUUGCCCUGCGGGUAAUGAAUCAUGCCCACAGCCACAAACAUCGGAACAUUUGGCUGCAAUUGAAAUUAUGAAAUUGAAGCACAUUGUUAUAUUGCAAAAUAAAAUUGACUUAGUAAAGGAAGGUCAAGCACGAGAGCAAUACGAACAAAUUUUAAAAUUCGUUCAAGGUACUGUAGCUGAAGGCGCACCAGUGAUUCCUAUCUCAGCUCAAUUGAAGUACAACAUUGAAGUACUCUGUGAGUACAUUGUCAAAAAAAUUCCGGUUCCCCUUCGGGACUUUACUUCAGAACCACGUUUAAUCGUAAUUCGAUCAUUUGAUGUCAACAAACCCGGCUGUGAAGUAGAUGAUCUUAAGGGUGGUGUUGCUGGUGGUAGUAUUUUGAAGGGAGUUUUGAAGGUGGGAAUGGAAAUUGAAGUACGCCCAGGAUUAGUAUCGAAAGAUGGUGAAGGAAAAUUAACAUGUCGUCCCAUAUUUUCCCGUAUUGUGUCAUUAUUUGCUGAGCAAAAUGAAUUACAAUUUGCUGUCCCUGGUGGAUUAAUUGGUGUUGGAACAAAAAUUGAACCAACUCUUUGUCGUGCCGAUCGUUUAGUUGGACAAAUAUUAGGAGCAGUUGGUGCUUUGCCUCAAAUAUUUACUGAAUUGGAAAUUUCCUACUAUCUUUUGAAACGUUUGCUUGGAGUCAGAACUGAAGGAGAUAAAAAAGGAGCUAAAGUACCAAAACUGUCACGUAAUGAAGUUUUGCUUGUUAAUAUUGGAUCAUUGAGUACCGGCGGACGUGUUAUAGCCACAAAAGCUGAUUUGGCUAAGAUUUGCUUGACCAACCCUGUCUGUACUGAGGUUGAUGAAAAAAUAGCAUUGUCAAGACGUGUUGAGAAACACUGGCGUUUAAUUGGUUGGGGACAAAUUCGUGGAGGCGAUACUAUCAAACCUGUAAUCGAUCGUCAAUAA